UUCGACAUUUCUAAGGGCAGGUUGUAGAAGGAAGUCCAAACGGUGUGCGACCCCGAGGAAAGGGCCGCGGCAGCGCGAGGGCCUGAGCCGGGAAUGCAGGAUGGCGGCGAGUAAGGACGGGGGUGCUCUGAGUGAAGCCAUGUCCCUGGAUGGAGAUGAAUGGGAGCUAAGUAAAGAAAAUGUACAACCCUUAAGGCAGGGGCGAAUCAUGUCCACACUUCAAGGAGCACUGGCACAGCAAGAAUCUGCCUGUAACACUACUCUUCAGCAGCAGAAACGGGCCUUUGAAUCUGAAAUUCGAUUUUACACUGGAAAUGACCCCCUGGAUGUCUGGGAUAGGUAUAUUAACUGGACAGAACAAAACUAUCCUCAGGGUGGAAAGGAAAGUAAUAUGUCAACAUUAUUAGAAAGAGCUGUAGAAGCACUACAAGCAGAGAAACGGUAUUAUAGUGAUCCUCGAUUUCUCAGUCUCUGGCUUAAAUUGGGGCAUUUAUGCAAUGAACCUUUGGAUAUGUACAGUUAUUUACACAACCAAGGGAUUGGUGUUUCACUAGCUCAGUUCUAUAUCUCCUGGGCUGAAGAAUAUGAAGCUAGAGAAAACUUUAAGAAAGCAGAUAUGAUAUUUCAGGAAGGCAUUCAACGACAGGCUGAACCACUGGAAAAACUGCAGUCUCAGCACCGACAAUUCCAAGCUCGAGUAUCUCGGCAAACUGUGUUGGCCCUUGAAAAUGAAGAUGAAGAUGAAGUUUUUGGAUCUUCUUUACCACAACGAAGCACACUGGCUGAACUAAAAAGCAAAGGUAAAAAGACAGCAAGAGCUCCAAUCAGCCGUGUAGGAGGUGCUCUCAAGGCUCCAUGCCAGAAUAGAGCACUGCAGAAUUCACUUCCUCAACAUAUGCAAAAUAAUUCUAGAAUUACUAUUUUUGAUGAAAAUGCUGAUGAGGCGUCUAGAUCAGAGUUGUCUAAACCUAUUGUCCAGCCAUGGAUCGCACCCCCUGUCUCCAGAGCCAAAGAGAAUGAAAUGCAAGCAGGCCCAUGGAACACAGGCAGGCCUUUGGAGUACAGGGCUCGCGGCAAUACAACUUCUGUGACAGCUGUACCCUCUGUGCUUCCCACUUUUACUCCAUACGUGGAAGAGACUGUGCAACAGCCAGUUAUGACACCAUGUAAAAUUGAACCCAGUAUAAAUCGUAUUCUAAGCACAAGAAAGCCUGGCAAGGAAGAAGCAGAUCUCUUACAAAGAGUUCAAAAUCAUCAGCAAGAUUCUGAGGAGAAGAAAGAAAAGAUGAUGUAUUGUAAGGAGAAGAUUUAUGCCGGAGUGGGAGAGUUCUCUUUUGAAGAAAUCCGAGCUGAAGUUUUCCGGAAGAAAUUAAAAGAGAAAAGGGAAGCCGAGCUGCUUACAAGUGCAGAGAAGAGAGCAGAAAUGCAGAAACAGAUUGAAGAGAUGGAAAAGAAGCUAAAAGAAAUUCAAACUACUCAACAAGAAAGAGCCAGUGAUCAGCAAAAAGAGAAGACACUUACAGAGGAGACAGCUGAACUGCAAAUAACUUCCAAGCCUCAGGAAAUAGCAGGAAUGGCUCUAUCCAGUUCUGUUUGUCUAACAAACCCAUGUGCCAGGGAAACUUCACUUGAAGAAAAUAUUUGGCAGGAACCUCAUUCUAAAAAUCCCAGUAUACCUUUCUCCAUUUUUGAUGAGUUUCUUCUUUCAGAAAAAAAAAAUACCAGUCUUCCUGCAAAUCCCCCACAGGUUUUAACCCAGCGAAGACCUCUUGCAAUUCUCAAAACUUCAGAAAGCAUCAUCUCAAAUGAGGAUGUAUCUCCAGAUGUUUGUGAUGAAUUUACAGGAAUUGAACCCAUGAGUGAAGAUGCUAUUAUCACAGGUUUUCGGAAUGUAACUAUUUGUCCUAAUCCAGAAGACACUUGUGACUUUGCUAGAGCAGCUCAUUUUGUAUCCACUCCAUUUCAUGAGAUAAUACCCUUGAAGGAUCUCCCUUCUGAUCCUGAGGAACAGGAUCUAGAUAUGAAGACCUCGGAGGAUCAGCAGACUGCUCAAGGCACUAUAUACAAUCCAACUCUCAGCAUCAAGAAACUGAGCCCAAUUAUUGAAGACAGUCGUGAAGCAACACACUCUUCUGGGUACUCUGGAUCUUCUACUUCAGUUACAAGCACUUCCUCCAUCAAGUGUCUUCAAAUUCCUGAGAAACUGGAGCUUACUAAUGAGACUGCAGACAACCCUACUCAAUCACCUUGGUGUUCACAGUAUCGAGUACAGUUACUAAAAUCCUUACCAGAGCUGACUGCUGCUGCAGAAUUUUUUAUAGAAGACAAACCAAUGCCUAAGUUGGAAAUAGGGAAGGAAAUUGAAUUAGGUAAUGAAGAUUAUUGCAUUAAACAAGAAUACCUAGUAUGUGAAGAUUACAAAUUAUUCUGGGUGACGCCAAGAAAUUCUGCAGAAUUAACUAUAAUAAAGGUGUCAUCUCAACCUGUUCCAUGGGACUUUUAUAUCAACUGCAAAUUAAAGGAACGUUUAAAUGAGGAAUGUGAUCAUAUUUGCAACUGUUAUCAGUACCAGGAUGGCUACAUUAUUUGGCAUCAAUAUAUAAACUGCUUCACUCUUCAGGAUCUUCUUCAACACAGUGAACUUAUUACUCAUGAAAUGACAAUGUUGAUUAUUUAUAACCUUUUAACAAUAGUGGAAAAACUACACAAAGCAGAAAUAGUUCAUGGUGAUUUGAGUCCAAGAAGUCUGAUUCUUAGAAACAGAAUCCACGAUCCCUAUGAUUGUAACAAGAACAGUCAAGCUUUGAAGAUAGUGGACUUCUCCUACAGUGUCGACCUUAGGGUGCAGCUAGACAAUUUCACCCUCAGCGGCUUUCGGACUGUACAGAUCCUAGAAGGACAAAAGAUCCUGGCUAACUGUUCUUCUCCCUACCAGGUAGAUCUGUUUGGUAUUGCAGAUUUAGCACAUUUACUAUUGUUCAAGGAACACCUACAGGUCUUCUGGAAUGGGUCCCUCUGGAAACUUAGCCAAAAUAUUUCUGAGCUAAAAGAUGGUGAAUUGUGGAAUAAAUUCUUUAUGCGGAUUCUGAAUGCCAGUGAUGAGUCCACAGUGUCUGUUUUGAGGGAACUUGCAACAGAAAUGAAUGGGGUAUUUGAUACCACAUUCCAAAGUCACCUGAACAAAGCUUUAUGGAAGGUAGGGAAGUUAAUCAGUCCUGGGGCUCUGCUCUUCCAGCAAGAUAGGCAAUCAAGUCUCUCACAGAUCCCUGCCUAAAAUCAUUGUUGUAUUGUGGAUCACUGUGUAUGCUGUAAUUUCACUUAGGACACACUUACAUACACUACUAACAUUUCUACUUUUUUGGCAGAGGCAUAUUUGUAAGUAAUUGACUUUUUUUGCACAACAAUGUACCUACUCUUGACCUUACCAGACUUUAACAAAGAGCUAUUUUUUUUUCUAAAUGCAUUCACUAGAAUGGGUACUUUGUUGUCAAUUAACACAUUUAGCUCUACUUUUCCCUGUAAUUUUCUGUAUUGUAAUUUGUGAUAUGUACCCUUAUGAUCACUUUGUAUUUUGUAAAUAAUAAAAUAGUAUUUGUUAAA